UUUCUAGCAACUCAUUAAUUACAAAACACAUUAUGAGAGGAUAAGAGAUGAGAAAGUAAAGAGGAACAAUGAGGUAUUGGAAUCUCUUGGGGUUAUGAAAAUUGCAACAUCUAUGAUGGGAUCGGCUCGGCACCAGUGUGCAAAUGAUAAUGGGAAGCGUGGUAGGGCUGAUCAGGUGGACGACCCUGACUAUAUACUAUCAAAUGAUGAGGAUGGUCAUGGCGAUAACAGUGAGUCUGAUGACUCUUUUGAGCAAGAGGACAUAGAGAUACCACCAGGUGGUCUACCAGCACAAUCGCAUACAGAGCCACAAUGUGGUGCAACUCUGAUCUCUGAGAGGGUCACCCAAUCAACACCUCAUCCCUACAUGGAAAGCCAGGCCUCACUGCCUCCUAUUGCUCAGCCACAAAAUGAGGUGCUACCUGAGAACAAUGGCGAAAUCAAUAGACCUACCCGUGGACCUACGCGAGGCAUUCAAGCUCAGGGACUCAUUGACAAACAAGGAAAGCUUCCAGUUCCCAUUCCACAACUAUUCCGUGCGCCGGUAGGAAAGCAUGCUACUCAAUUGACCUCAAGGAUUGGUGUCGAGGUUCGCACACAUGUGAUAGACGUUGGCGUCCCUAGGUGGAAAGCAGUAGAUGAGAGUGUUAAAGCGCCUAUACUUCAGCGCAUAAUGGAUAAGUUUGACUUGCAAGGAGAUCCAAUCGAUGUUGAAAAGGCAGUGGCAACACAAUAUGGACGGAGGUUGAGCAAUCACAACUUCAUUUUGCACAAAAAGUACAAGAAACUUAAAGAAACAAAGGGGGAAGAGUAUGCUAGAAACAACCCACCAGCUGGUGUCAAUCCAGAGCAGUGGACGAGCUUAGUCACUAAGAAGUGGAUUGUUCCAAAAUGGCUGGAGCGAUCAGAAAAAAACACCUCAAACAGGUCUUGGUCUAAGACAAAACAUAGAUGUGGAUCAAAGUCACUCCCAGUUAGGGUUGCCACUGUGAUGCACGAUAAUGGAGGUGUUGUGCCCGCGGUAACAGAGAUGUACAAGGAUACCCACUUCAAUAAGGACACGCAAAAAUGGAUCUCUUCAGAAUCUGAAGUUCUCUAUGAUAAGAUGAUACAAAUAGAGAUUGAACAUAAUGCGUAGGAAGGUGCAAUCCUGAUUACGCAAGAGGAGCUCUCCGUUAAAGUACUCAAGGCAAAGUCAGGCUAUGUGAAGGGACUUGGCAUUAGGCCUUCCUCCUCUAUUAGGACUGUGAACAAGGAGUAUGUAACACACCUCGAGGGAAAGGUGCAAGAGCAAGCUGAAAAAAUUCAGGAGCAAGCGGAAGGAAUUGAAGCAGCAAACAAUAAGAUAGAGGAACAGGGGAAGACUUUGGCUAGUGUUAUGGCGUUUCUUAAACAACAAGGAUUCACCGGUUAACAACUUGCUGGUUAGUACAUCAUGCUUUCCCUAUUUAUAUAUAUA